AUCUCACUAUAUGAAAUGCUGUGUACUGUGGUUGAACUCUAUAUUUUUUGGAUAUUUUUUUUAUCUGCCCGUUUCUAUUUAUUAAUUGACAUUUUAAUCCGACCUCUCUUUCCCACAGGUAAAGUGUACAAAGGCGAAGUGCUGACGUCAGACGGCCAACCUCUGCUGGUAGCAAUCAAGACGCUGAAGGAGAACGCGACGGCGAAGACAGUGAACGACUUCCGUCGCGAGGUCGACCUGAUGUCGGAGUUGCGUCACCCGAACAUCGUCUGCCUGUUGGGCGUGUGUCUGGCGGGGGAGCCGCUCUGCAUGCUGUUCGAGUUCAUGGUCAAGGGAGACCUGCACGAGUUCCUCAUGGCGCACUCGCCGAGGUGCGACGUGUCCUCGUCGCAUGGCCUCGUCGAUGGCCCGCCGCUCGACCAGGCCGAUUUCAUGCAUAUUGCUGUACAGGUUGCUGCUGGUAUGGAAUACCUGUGCAGUCACCACUAUGUGCAUAGAGACCUAGCUGCCAGGAAUUGCCUGGUGGGGGACAAGCUCACUGUUAAAAUAUCCGACUUUGGAUUGUCAAGAGAUAUAUAUUCUUCUGAUUACUAUAGGGUACAAUCUAAGUCAUUGCUUCCUGUACGGUGGAUGCCUCCCGAAUCCAUUCUCUAUGGAAAGUUCACAACCGAGUCAGAUGUGUGGAGCUAUGGUGUCGUGCUAUGGGAAAUCUACAGCUAUGGACUCCAGCCAUACUACGGUUACAGCAACCAGGAGGUGAUCGACAUGAUCAGGUCGAGACAACUGCUGCCCUGCCCUGAGGACUGCCCCUCGCGCAUGUACUCUGUCAUGAUGGAGUGCUGGCAUGAGGUGCCCAUUCGCCGGCCACAUUUCCCCGAAAUACAUGCCAGACUUCGGCAGUGGAUGGGCAGUCAUCAGCAGCCUAUGGGUGGUGGCAUCAGUGGUAGCAGUGGUACCAACUCAACCCAGCUAUCACACCCCUCGCCCCACCAGCUGGUAGUCAGGCUGCCACCCUACAACAAGCUCAAUGCUGCCAACAUAUGAGAAUCACCUGACGAGGCUGUCCUGCUCUGGCUCUGAUGCCAAGAUAUAAUGGCAUCUUUCAACGUACCGCUAAGUUUCUAAACGUCCAAAAUCAAGCAACCAGAGUUAGCCUACAACAAAAGUCAAUUUUUACUUUUAAAAUGGAGGUCGACAUCCUACUAGGACAGUUUUCGAAAAAA